AUUUAGCUACGCCAGUUGGUCCCAUUGGCAGUCUGAGAAGAAAGGACGCAACGCGAAACUUCAUCUUUCAUCUUCCCGCGUAAGGAAAAUGUCAAAUUCGAGAUAUCGCAAACGGAGGAGUCUAGUCAAGCACGGAAAAUUCAAGGUUACUUCCGAUUCUACUCUUCUCUUCUCUUUUAAGAACCAAAUCCCUCACGAAUCGGUCCUGUUCUUCAAUCCUUCGUCUUCUCCACUAUCGCUAAUCCUCUGUAAAAUCCUCACUCUCGGAACCCUAGCCAAGGAGAAAUGAUCGAAAUAGCUCUGUUAUGCCAGCAAGUAUCUGCGAUUCUAUUCAUCUUAAUGGCUGAUUGUGAAAAUUACGAAUCGCAAUCUGAGUUAUGUUAGUAACUUUCAAAUCCCUCACGAAUCGGUCCAUUUCUAAUCUAUUUGUUCUUCAAUCCUUCAUCUUCUCUCGAGCUAAUCGCCUGUAAAAUCCUCACUCUCGGAACCCUAGCCAAGGAGAAAUGAUCGAAAUAGCUCUCUUAUGCCAUAACUUUUGUUUCUAUCAGAUCCGAUUGGAUGUUCUCCCCACCAGAUUCGUCGUUUACUAGCCCCGAAAAGGCAUUCAAUUCCAUGAUUAUUCUCUAUGUGGUGGGGUCGGUGGUUUCGUUGUUGGUUUUUGGAGUGAUUGGCAUAUGUCUAUACAAGUUUGUCAAGAAAGCUACACCAGACGUUGUAAGAGAAUUAAGGAACAUAACUGUAGCUCCUCCUCUUGCACCUGCACCUCAUGUGUCUCUUCCUCCCCCUGUUAUCUGGGAAGCCGAUGCACCAACAAUGGAGAAGUUCUUCAGAGAGAUAGCCGAAGAAAAACCGGUCAGAUUCACCGCUCCAGACCUCUAUUCCUUCACAAGCAACUACUCCACUCGCCUCGGCUCCGGUGGCUUCGGAGAGGUUUACAAAGGCCAGUUCCCGAACGGCGUCAACAUCGCCGUGAAGGUCCUUAAGAAAAGCUCAGACAAAAGAGCUGAAGAACAGUUCAUGGCUGAGGUUGGUUCCAUUUGCAGAACUUAUCAUAUCAAUUUGGUUAGGCUUUAUGGGUUUUGUUAUGACCAUUUCAUGAGUGCGCUUGUUUUUGAGUAUCUGGAAAAUGGGUCAUUGGAUAAGUACUUAUUUGACAGAAAACAAGCCAUGGAAUGGGAGAAAUUGCAUGAUAUAGCCAUUGGGACUGCAAGAGGGCUUGCUUAUUUGCAUGAGGAAUGUCAACAAAGAAUCAUUCAUUAUGACAUUAAGCCAGCCAAUAUUCUUCUUGAUUCCAACUUUUUCCCCAAAGUUGGUGAUUUUGGGCUUGCCAAGCUUUGCAAUAGGGACAACACUCACGUGUCGAUGAGCGGCUUUCGAGGUACUUUUGGAUACUCGGCGCCAGAGUUUUUCCUCACGAACUACCGCGUGUCGCAUAAGUGCGAUGUUUAUAGCUUUGGAAUUGUGUUGUUUGAGAUCGUUGGAAGGAAGAGGAAUGCUGGGGUGACUGAUUCUGGGAAUCCUGAUUGGUUUCCGGAGAAGGUGUGGGAUGCUUUUGAAAAGGGCGUGUUGGAUGAGUUGGUUGUUGGGUGUGGGAUUGGCGAGGGGGAUAGGGAGAAGGCGAGCCGGGCGUGCGUGGUGGCUCUGUGGUGCGUGCAGGACGCGCCGGAUGAGCGGCCGCGGAUGAGUGCGGUGGUGAAGAUGUUGGAGGGAGGAGUGGAUAUUGUGGCGCCGCCUAAGCCUUUUCAGUAUUUGAAUCCAAUGCGAAUGGGGAGCACUAGUGGUUCUUCAGGCAGCUCAGAACAAACCAAGUCUGGUAGUUCACAGAACUCCACGGCUACGGACACCAAUUCUCGAUGGUAUCGGAACACUACGACAAUCAUGAGGAAAUAUGAAAUACAAAUGGCUUCUUCUUGAUCUCAUGGGCUCUGAUUAAGGAGCCACAGCGCCUGUGUUUGGGGUGCAAUGCCUUCUGAAAUGCUCAAAUAUUUGCGUAUAAAUUUUCUUACUUUCUUUUUCGGUACAUAUUCAAUUGAUUGGAUGUACUUAUGUAACAAUACGUAUCGUUUUGGUCCGUUGCUUAUGCCAUUAGUAUCGUGGUUUUAAAUGUCACUAUCCAGCCAAUGUGAGAUCUCAUAAUCUAUUCCUUGGGGA